AUGGCCACGCCCGUCCUGGGGGAGGACCCUGCUGGGCUGGACGGCGCGCCGCCCGAGGCCGCGGCUGCCAUCGCCCACCUGCGGGAGACGCUCUUCGCCGAGGUGCGCUCUAGCCAGGAGCGCCUGCUGCAGAACAUGGACAAGAGCCUGGGCGGCAUUCAGCGGGCGCUGGAGCGCCGCACGGCGCUCCUUGAGAGCAGGCAGGGGAAGGUCGAGCGCAUUCAGCAGCAGCGGGAGGAGGACGCCAAGAGGCUCGAGGACGAGAUGCGGAGGCGCCAGAAGGAGACGGACAAAAUCAUGGCGAAGCACUCUGCUGACCUGGCGCAGCUGCAGCGGGAGCUUGGCGUGGUCGCUGCAGGCGCGCCUCCCCCGCCUGAGACGGGGCCUGCUUGGAGCCGUGCGAUCGACCGCGCGGUCAUGGUCGUCACCUGCAAGGCCCCGCUCAUGCGUGCGGCGGUGGAGCGUGCCAUGGCGCCCGUGCUGGGGGAUGCGCAGCUCACGGAGGUCUCGAAGGUUGAGGGCGACGACUUGGGCCAGCGCUUCGUGGUCAGGAUGGGGGGUGACGUGGGCCUGGCUGAGCGCAGGGUGCGCAAGUUGGUGGCCACGCUUCGCGGCGGAGGCCCUGGCGGCACCUGGCGCCAAGUUGCGGCCGCGACUCCGACUGGCCACACCGCGCCGCUGUCCCUCAGCAAGGACAAGAACUCGCGCCAGGUGUCCCACGAGAUCACGCUCAAGAAGAUGCGACGUGCGCUCGAGGAGGGUCUCUCGAAGCGCAUCUUCGUCGAUCCGGUUGGCCCUGACCAGAUGGAAGGAGAAGCUGGCCCAGUACUGCUGGACCUGUCGUCGCGCGCCCCGCCUGACAUGCACCAGGUGUACGUGCGAGCCAUGCAGGCGGCUGCGGCAGAGACGCGCGAUGCGCAGCUGCAGGGCAUGGCUUGGUCGAAGCGGUGCACGGCGCUGAUCUUCAGGCAAGUGGCAAGGGUGGUGGCGCGCCAACACGUCUCGAUGGCGGAGAGCGGCGUGUGGCCAGGGCCAGGCGCGCCGAGCUUCAGGCGGAGCUUGAAGCCGAUGAGGAACAGCUACGAGUUUCUGAUCGCCGUCGGCUCCUUGGACAGCGCCGAGCCCUGGAACGUCGUGCUGCUCCCUGAUCGGUUCUCCCGCGGCGGCACCUUGCGGCCGUGGAAGCCCCUGGCGGCAGCGCGCCUGGCAGCGGAGGGCGACACCUCGGAGCGCUGCCGACGCGAGCGUGACUCCAAGGCCUUCAUCCCGAAGUACGGCAUGAAGGAGGCCAUCGCCUCUGCGGUGAACUUCAAGCUGAAGAGCAUGAUCGACCGUGGCGCCUCGAAGGCGCAGCGAGGCUUCAUCACGGGGCGGAACUUCCUGGAGAACCUGGUGGAGCUUGACGCCAUGUCCCGCGUCGCCUCCAUGUGCGCAUUGGAGCAAGCUCGUGGCUGGGAGGAGCCGACCCUCCUGAGCUUCGACUUCGCUCACGCCUUCCCGUCGCUCCUCCAUGACUGGAUGUGGCGGGUGCUGGAGGCGUGGACGGUGCCGCUCGGCCUGGAGCACCUGCUGAAGGAGUCCUACGCCAACGUCGAGGUCGUGGAGGCGGGACCCUGCCACUGGGUCCUCUUCGUCAUCUUGUGCGGGAUCUUGCAGGGUGACCCGCUCUCGGGGACGAUGUUCGUGAUCGGUGCGCAGCCGUUCGUGGAGGCGCACAUGCAGCAGCUGGAGGCCAAGGCCCUUGGCCUGACUCGCCGGCGUGCUGAUGACAUCCAGGCCCUGAUCUUCUGCAGGCGGGGGCUCCGCACACUGGCGAGGAUCUUCCGCCUCUCGGAGCGCCUCGCUGGCCUCCAGCUCCAGCCCAAGAAGUGCGCGGCCGUCCCGCUUUGGGCUCCGUUCUCGGCGGAGGUGGAGGACGCGAUGAGGAAGUGCCUGGACGAGGCCUGUGGGUGGGGCUCCUUCACCGUGGCCUCGUCGGUGGAGUUGCCGGGGUGCUUGGUGGGCCCUGGUGCAUCGCUGGCGGCCCAGUGGGCUGCGCCACUCGCGCGCCUUCGUGAGCGGGUCCUGGCACUGGCGGCAUCUCCGCUGGACAUGACGGCCGCCUUCUUCGAGCACGGCCGUCGAUGCCAGCCCGUCCUGGCCUGCAAGGCACAGCUCUGGCCGAUGCCGACGGAGCUGAUUGACGAUGAGCGCUCCCUGCUGUGCCGGCUCGCGAGGUGCUCGGGACGCUUGUUCAAGAAGAACACGUUCUUCGACUUGGAGACGCUGGUGGGUCCAAGAUGCGUGCCCACGUCGGACCUCCUGGCGGCGUCCCUCAUGCGCGCGGCCCUCUCGACGCUGGAGACAUGGCGGCGGGCCGCUGCGCACCUGAGUGAGGUGGCCCCCAGGCUGCCGAUGGUGCGUUGCAUGUCAGGCCAGCCCUGGCCUGCCUGGUGGGAGGCGCCCGCCCCCGCAGUCACGCUGGCGCGCGCAGAGGCGGCGGGGCGCGAGCUGCUCGAAAAGAGCGGGCUGCGCGUCAAGCUGUGGACCUCCCUGCUGGUGGCAAGUCGGCCCGACGGGCCCGUAGAGUGGCUAGCCAUGGCCGAGAUGAGCGCCUUCGUCUGCCCAGGCCAAGGCGACGAUUUCCUCUUCGCGGACGCGGAGCACCAUGUCGGCAUCCCUUCUGGCCGCGUGGCACGCGGGCCUGCUCUGCCUGCCGACGCCCCCGUCUCGCUCUUCCUGGCUGGUAAGAUGAGCUCUGCCGAGCUCCUGCGCCAGGCCGUGCCAGCCGACGUUCUGCCCAUCCACACCGCCGCCGCAGUGGCGCAGAAGCUGCUGGAGCCUGACGCCCUGCCGGACGACAACACCGUGCUUGGCGUGAGGUACCACGACGCGUCGCUGCUGGCGAGGCACCCAGAGGUGCGCGAGCGCUUCAAGCUCCGCAACGUGGGCAUGGCUGUCGCCCGGGACGGGGUGGCUCGCGCCGAGAUGUGGGCGCAGCGCUUUGAGAGGCAGUCUGGAAGGGGCCUGCGCGUGACAGCCGCCAACGAAAGCGGGCGGCGACGCGCAGAUUCGGGUGAAGGCGCUAGCAUUCGGGCACCCGCGGAUCAUGCAAUGGAGAACGCCCUGGAUGGAUAUUGGUACAACAGUUCCUCUGGCCACUUCAAGAUCGAAGGGAUGCAGAUUGUGUGGCAGAAGCACCGCCUGGCCUCCCAAGCCUGGACCCUGAAACCCGAGGGCGAAGGCAGCUACUCGGUCUCCGUGAAUGGCACCAAGCAUGUCGCGACUGUCGCGACGCGUCCUGGCAUCUCGCUGGUGUGGGGCGAUGGCGACGUGUGGGUGAAGAAGCGCGAGCUCGGCGCCUGCGCGCUGAAGAGCCGGCUGGAGGCGCUCGAUGCGCUGAAGGGCCACGUCGUCUUCGGCCGCAUCCCUGGCGAGGGGUGCAGCUACCGCGCGCUCGUGCGUGGCCACGGGCGGAGCGGCGAGCUGCAGCUCCUCGUGAACGAGAAGGCGGACUCCCUGGAGCAGGCCUUCCCGCUGCUGGACAUCGGGUCCAAGGCGUGGUCCCGGGCGGGGCUGCUCAAGAGCACCGCCAAGAAGAUCGCCAGUGUGUUGAAGGGCCACUUCCGCCUGGCCGCCAGCAUCUUGGGCAAGCAGCGGGACCUGGAGGCCUACCACCUGCUGAAGACGAGCUUCGCCAACCACCCGUCCCUGCAGGGCGGAGGGGAGGGCCGCCGCGGGCUCGACUGGCCACCCCUCCGGCCCCGGAACUUCCCCACUGUGGUCUGCGGCGGCCGCCAAGACCGCGGCGGGUGCUCCGUCUACGACCGCGCCCUCUCGGCCCUCUGCUGGCGCGCGCCCGCGCCGGCCGCGGCGGAGGGCGCGGUGCACCCGUUUGUGCGCGCCAUCCUGUCCAGGUGGCGUCAGGACCACGACGUCGACGGCUUCGAGCUCGUCGACGCCGUCGCCCUGCGGCCCAGGCCGCGCGAGCCCGGCAGCCCGGCGGUCGCCGCGCCCGCUGGGGAGGGGCUCGCCGCUGGGCGCAUGCUGCGCGUCGUGCGCCUCAAGGGGGCGGAGGAGGGGAAGACGGCCGCGCAGCUCGAGCGCGCGCUCAUCACCGCGGUCCUCGAGACGGACAGCUUCUGCGAACGCGACGGCUUUGUGCUUGUGGACGCCAGGAGCGCCGCGGACCCCUCGGCCCAGAGCCUGGAGCUUGCGCGGCGCCUCGUGCGCGAUCUGCUGAGGGCGCCGGAGGGCGCCUGCAAGGGGACGGUGGACGAGGAGGCGUCGGUCAAGGCGAUGAGGCGCUUCAGGGGCUUCAAGUACGGGGCCGGCUCGGAGGACUCCUACUUCUGCGGGUUGAUCCGGAAUGCUGUGGGCAAGCUGAUCGUGAGCCGGUGCAGGAUGCCUCUCUACCCCAUGCUGUGCAUCGACAUCCCCUUCGGUAGGCUCGACUGCCCGAACAUCGUGGCCGGCUACAACCGCUGCUACGGCGGGGUUCGCGGCGCCAUGCGGAAGGCGAGCGUGCAGGACGCGGCCAAGAGCUACGAGCAGUUCGACCAGCAGACGCGGCGCUUCUUCGACGAGGUCCUGUGCCCGCACCUCUUCGGUGGCCUGACGUUCCAACAGGCCAACGCCAUCUACCGAGCCCUGGAGGAGAGAGAACGUGCCGGAUGA